AUGUCAAAUAAUACACCUAAUCUACUAUCCAGUAGAGACAAUUUCAAUAAUUUUUAUUCUGAAUUUGAUCUAAAGGAAAAAAUUGGCGAAGGCUCAUUUUCUGAUAUAUGGUUAUGUGUGCAACGAAACAACCGACGAGAAUAUGCGGCAAAAGUAUUGAAAAAAGAUUAUGGACAUACAGUAGACGCUGGUACAUGGAACGCUAUAUCCGAAGUUAAUGUAUCGAACUCGGUGGGAAAACAUCCGUUCUUACUUUUGCUAAAAAGCGCAUACCACGAUAAAGAAAGAAGACAAAUUAUUAUAGUAACAGAAUUAAUGAAAAAAUCACUUAAAGAUAUUAUAAAAACCGGAGAAUGUCCACUAUCGGAAUAUAGAAUUAAAACUUAUAUGUAUCAAAUGUUAGAAGGCUUAAGGUAUUUGCACGAGAAUGGCUUUAUCCACAGGGAUAUCAAGCCAGAAAAUAUUUUGCUCACUUCGAGGGACAAGAUUUUAAAGAUUGGUGAUUUUGGAAUCACAUGUCAAGCCAUUCCCAUUUAUGGCCAUCAGUACGAACAAUACGUUGCAACUAGAUGGUACCGCUCACCUGAAUGCUUGUUAACAAAAGGUUGGUACAAUUCAAAGAUGGAUAUUUGGGCAACGGGAUGUGUACUUUAUGAAAUAGCUACUGGUCAUCCGUUGUUCGAUGGUCGAGACGAAAAUGACCAAAUUGAAAAGAUUGACCGGGUAUUAGGCUCUCCAGACCAAAGAUUAAUUGAUAAAUUUAAAAAAUAUAAAUCUGAUGUGUUCGUUGCACGAUACGAAACUAAUAAACGAAAUGACAGAAUCACUGGAGUUGGACUGAAUUCAGUGUACCAACCAUACCACCCGGCAUAUGAGUUAAUCAUAGAUAUGAUAGUUUAUGAUCCAUCCAAGAGGUAUUCGGCGAAUAGAUUACUACGAAAAUCAUACUUUUAUGAGAUGAAAUAUACGGAGUAUCAAUAUAAAAUGAGAGAUUUUGAAAAAUCGCUGAGAAAUAAAUCAAUAAUCAACUUAUCCAAGAGAGAGCAAAAAUCGAACACAACAAUAAACAGUCAGUCUUCAAUAAUUAAAAAGCAAGGUCCCGGUGGAGAUCUUAUGCAAAAUGUGCAGACACGUUCGGUAAAUGCUGAAAAAUCUAAUAGAUUAUCUGUAGACAUAAGUCAGAAAAUUGAACAACCUAAAUUGGAUAAAAGGAAGUCAAAUUUGCAUAAAACAUCAUGUUUAAAGACCAAUAUAAAAAAAUCUAUAAUCAUCCCAGAACCUGAAAAUAUCCUUCAUGGAAAUCAAAAACAAAAUACACAUUAUGUCAUAUGUUCAAAGGACAAUACAAACGAUAUUUUUCCGUCAAAACAAAUGUUGACGGAAUCAGUAUCGACGUUAAACAAAGGCUCCGUUAUAAAAAAAACCGUAACCCGUAUUUGCUCGGUUAUCUAUACCAUAAUACUGCUUAUCUAUACCACAUGUCAAGCCAUUCCUAUUUAUGGAUAUCAGUACAUACAAUUUGUGGAAAAUAGAUGGUACCGCUCACCCAAAUGCUUGUUAACAAAAGGUUGGUACGAUUUAAAGAUGGAUAUUUGGGCAACGGGACGUUUCCUUAAGGAAAUAGCUACCGGUUAUCCGUUGUUCAAUGGUCGAGACGAAAAUGAUCAAAUUGAAAAGAUUGCCCGGGUAUUAGGCUCUCCAGACCAAAAAUUAAUUGAUAAAUUUAAAUGUUAUAAAUGUGAUGUGUUCGUUGCACGAUUCAAAAAUAAUAAACGAAAUGACAGAAUCAAAGGAGUUGGAGUGCAUUCAGUGUACCAACCAUACCACCCGGCAUAUGAGUUAAUCAUAGAUAUGAUAGUUUAUGAUCCAUCCAAGAUUUAUUCGGUGAAUCAAUUACUACGAAAGGCAUUCUUUUAUGAGAUGAAAUAUACGGUGUAUGAAUAUAAAACGAGAGAUUCUGAAAAAUUGCUGAGAAUUACAAAUAAUAUAAUAUGUUCAAAGGACAAUACUACAAAAGAUAUUUCUCGGUCAAAACAUAUGUUGAUGGAAUCAGUAUCAACGUUAAACAAAGGUUCCGUAAUAAAAAACACCGUAACCCGUAUUUGCUCGCUUAUCUUUACCAUACUGCUUAUAUAUACCACAUGUCAAGCCAUUCCCAUUUAUGACCAUCGAUACGAACAAUACGUGGCAACUAGAUGGUACCGCUCACCUGAAUGCUUGUUAACAAAAGGUUGGUACAAUUCAAAGAUGGAUAUUUGGGCAACGGGAUGUGUACUUUAUGAAAUAGCUACUGGUCAUCCGUUGUUCGAUGGUCGAGACGAAAAUGACCAAAUUGAAAAGAUUGACCGGGUAUUAGGCUCUCCAGACCAAAGAUUAAUUGAUAAAUUUAAAAAAUAUAAAUCUGAUGUGUUCGUUGCACGAUACGAAACUAAUAAACGAAAUGACAGAAUCACUGGAGUUGGACUGAAUUCAGUGUACCAACCAUACCACCCGGCAUAUGAGUUAAUCAUAGAUAUGAUAGUUUAUGAUCCAUCCAAGAGGUAUUCGGCGAAUAGAUUACUACGAAAGUCAUACUUUUAUGUGAUGAAAUAUACGGAGUAUCAAUAUAAAAUGAGAGAUUUUGAAAAAUCGCUGAGAAAUAAAUCAAUAAUUAACUUAUCCAAGAGAGAGCAAAAAUCGAACACAACAAUAAACUGGCAGUCUUCAAUAAUUAAAAAGCAAGGUCCCGGUGGAGAUCGUAUACAAAAUGUGCAGACACGUUCGGUAAAUGCUGAAAAAUCUAAUAGAUUAUCUGUAGACAUAAGUCAGAAAAUUGAACAACCUAAAUUGGAUAAAAGGAAGUCAAAUUUGCAUAAAAUAUCAUGUUCAAAGACCAAUAUAAAAAAAUCUCUGAUCAUCCCAGAACCUGAAAAUAUCCUACAUGGAAAUCGAAAACAAAAUACACAUUAUAUCAUAUGUUUAAAGGACAAUACUACUAAAGAUAUUUCUCCGUCUAAACAAAUGCUGACGGAAUCAGUAUCGACUUUAAACAAAGGCUCAGUAAUAAAAAAUAUCAGAAAUAAAUUUGUUAACCUUCAGACGUUCAAAUGA